AUGAAGAAAUUUUACAAUGCCUGGGAGGGAGCCUCGGCAGAUAAUCCUCUCAGUAAAAUUGAUGCCCUCAUCACAGCUGUUGGUGUUGAUGAGGAAGUGGUUUAUUCCAAAUCCACAGCCCUACAGACAUGGUUGUUUGGUUAUGAACUCACAGACACAGUGAUGGUAUUGUGUGAAAAGGGAAUCUAUUUCCUUGCAAGUAAAAAGAAAAUCGAGUUCCUGAAGCAGGUUGAGACCUCCAAGGAAAAUGAUCAGGGAAUUCCACCAAUCAAACUUCUCACAAGAGACAAAGCUGACAAAGACAAAGGGAAUUUUCAAAAACUUGUAGAUUCCAUCAAAGAAAGCAAGAAGGGUAAAACUGUUGGUGAAUUCAGCAAGGAUAAAUUUCCAGGUGAUUUCAUGGAUGGCUGGAGAGCUGCUCUCAAAGCAGAAGACUUCACAAAAGUGGAUAUCAGCAGUGCAUUGGCACUAGUCAUGGCUAACAAAGAAGAAUCAGAAAUAAAAACAAUACAACGUGCCUGUCAGGUGACCUGUGAUGUUUUCAACAAGUUUUUGAAAGAACAAAUCAUGGAGAUAAUAGAUGCCGAGAAAAAAGUGAAGCACUCCAAAUUAGCUGAUGGUGUUGAAGCUGCUCUCCAGAAUAAAAAGUAUGUAUCUGGUGUGGAUACUUCCCAGUUGGAUAUGUGCUACCCAGCCAUCAUUCAGAGUGGUGGAAAAUAUAGUCUGAAGUUCAGUACAGUCAGUGAUGAUGAAAGUUUAAAGUUUGACUCCAUCAUUUGUGCCCUUGGCGCUCGCUACAAAUCUUAUUGCUCGAACAUAGUGCGCACCCUGUUGGUAGAUCCUCCUGAGUCUUUACAGAAAGACUAUGAAUUCUUACUCACAUUAGAAGAUGAAAUUCUGAACAAAUUAAAACAUGGUACAAAAGUUAGUGCUGUUUAUGACGCUGUUGUGGAUAUAGUGAAGAAAGAACGUCCAAACCUUCUGAAUAAGCUGACCAAGAACUUGGGCUUUGUAACUGGCAUUGAGUUCAGGGAAGGAUCCAUGUUAAUCACAAACAAAACCCAAAUCACUGCUAAAAAAGGAAUGGUAUUCAACAUUAGUGUUGGCUUCUCAGAUAUAAGUGCUGGAGAUCGUACAUCUGCACUUUUUAUUGGAGAUACAGUUCUAGUUAAUGAAGAUGCCCCAGCAUCACUACUGACAACUCUCAAAAAGAAAGUCAAGCACAUUGGUAUUUUUUUAAAGGAAGAAGAUGAGGAGGAGGAGGAAGAGGAGGAAAAAGAAGAAGAACCAAUUCUCCUUGGACGUGGACAACGAAAUGCCAUAUUGGACAGUAGAACACGAACGGACAUGACUGCUGAAGAAAAGAGACAGAAUCACCAGAAAGAAUUGUCUCACAAAAUUAAUGAAGAAGCCAGGGAACGGCUUAAAGGCAUGAAGCAAAGUGGAGAAGACAAAAAGAUUCGAAAAUCUAACGUCUCUUAUCGCAAUGUUUCACACAUGCCCCAAGAAUCUGAAGUAAGAGAAUUAAAAAUCUAUGUGGACAAGAAAUAUGAAACUAUCAUCUUACCCAUUUUUGGUAUUCCAUCCCCAUUUCAUAUAUCCACAAUCAAAAAUAUCAGUCAGUCUGUUGAGGGAGAUUACACAUAUCUCCGAAUCAAUUUCUUUCAUCCAGGAUCUGCUCUUGGCAGAAAUGAUGGCAGUGUUUUUCCCAAUCCAGAAGCCACCUUUCUCAAAGAAAUUACUUACCGAAGCUCUAACACAAAAGAACCUGGAGAAAUCUCUGCACCAUCAUCGAAUCUCAAUACUGCAUUCAGGUUGAUCAAAGAAGUUCAGAAAAAGUUCAAAACCAGAGAGGCAGAGGAACGUGAAAAAGAGGGAAUUGUCAAGCAAGAUAUUCUGAUAGUUAAUCCAAACAGGGGAAACCCCAAAUUCAAGGACCUCUAUAUUCGACCAAAUAUUGUUUCUAAGCGAAUUUCAGGAACUCUCGAAGCUCACACAAACGAACAGGUUGAAACCGUUCUUCGUUCUUUCUUCUUUUUUUUCGUUCUUCCUUCUUUUUUUUCGUUCUUCCUUCUUUUUUCGUUCUUCCUUCUUUUUUCGUUCUUCCUUCUUUUUUUUCUUCCUUCUUUUUUUUCUUCCUUCUUUUUUUUCUUCCUUCUUUUUUUUCUUCCUUCUUUUUUUUCUUCCUUCUUUUUUUUCUUCCUUCUUUUUUUUCUUCCUUCUUUUUUUUCUUCCUUCUUUUUUUUCUUCCUUCUUUUUUUUCUUCCUUCUUUUUUUUCUUCCUUCUUUUUUCGUUCUUCCUUCUUUUUUUCGUUCUUCCUUCUUUUUUCGUUCUUCCUUCUUUUUUCGUUCUUCCUUCUUUUUUUCGUUCUUCCUUCUUUUUUUUCUUCCUUCUUUUUUUUCUUCCUUCUUUUUUUUCUUCCUUCUUUUUUUUCUUCCUUCUUUUUUUCGUUUCUUCCUUCUUUUUUUUCUUCCUUCUUUUUUUUCUUCCUUCUUUUUUUUCUUUUUUUUUUUUCGUUCUUCCUUCUUUUUCGUUCUUCCUUCUUUUUUUUCGUUCUUCCUUCUUUUUUUUCGUUCUUCCUUCUUUUUUUUCGUUCUUCCUUCUUUUUUUUCGUUCUUCCUUCUUUUUUUUCGUUCUUCCUUCUUUUUUUUCGUUCUUCCUUCUUUUUUUUCGUUCUUCCUUCUUUUUUUUCGUUCUUCCUUCUUUUUUUUUCGUUCUUCCUUCUUUUUUUUUUCGUUCUUCCUUCUUUUUUUUUCGUUCUUCUUUUUUCGUUCUUCCUUCUUUUUUUUUUCUUCCUUCUUUUUUUUUCGUUCUUCCUUCUUUUUUUUCGUUCUUCCUUCUUUUUUUUCGUUCUUCCUUCUUUUUUUUCGUUCUUCCUUCUUUUUUUUCGUUCUUUCUAA